ACUUCUCAACUCUCACUCUAUAUAUCUCAACCCUCUCUCUCUCUCUCUCUCAAAUCUUCUUCUACUAAGAUGGUGCAACUAAUAGAACUGAAGAAGAAGAACAACCAGUCAAAUGUAGCAGACGAUAAAGAGAAGAGACCCAAGUUUUGCAUCAACGACCACUUAGACAUCCUCAUCGAGAUCCUCAAGCGCCUCGACGGCCGCUCCCUCGGCUCCGCCGCCUGCGUCUGCCGCUUGUGGCGCUCCAUUGCCCGCAACGACUGGCUCUGGGAGCACCUCUGCUUCCGCCACGUGUCUCCGCCGCCUGCCGGAGUCAGGCCGGUGGUGGCCGCCCUGGGCGGCUACCGGAGGCUCUACAUGGUGUGUCUGCGUCCGGUUCUCAGCCGCCUCUCCAGGAUGAAGAAACUCCGCCUCGGCGGCGGAGGUGGUGGCGGUGACUGGGAGGUGGUGAGGAGGGUGUGGACUCGGCACGAGGUGGAGCUGUCGCUGUCACUGUUUUGCAUUGACUAUUACGAGCGGUUGGGCGGUGGUGGUGGGAGGCACGGCGGUGACUCGUCAGCAUCGUCGCUCAUGUUCCUAUGCAAGCCCGUGAACGUCUGAUUGUUUGACUCUUUUGUGUUUUGACCGAUCGUAAGGCAUUGAAUGGGUUGUUUUUGUUCUGGUCUACUCUAUAUACUUUAAACUAAACGUAGCAGAAAAAUUCUUUCUUCUUCUUCUUCUUUUUUUUUUUAAUUUAUGUUUUUAUUUCUAUUAUUAUUAUUUGGUUAGUGGAUGUAUUAAUUAAGAAAAUGAAAUGCUAAUGGGUAUUGCUUUUUGUUGUUUUA